ACUUUAGGACCCGGGAGUACGGGGUCGCGCCCGCGGCGCGUUUCCUCCGGCGCGAGACCUGGGAGACCGUGUGCCACCCCCCAGGAAUGCGCGUGCGGCCGUAGCCAUGGUAACGGGCCAGCCUCGCGCGCCCUCCGCGGAAGGAGAGGAAGGGGGGGCUCCUCGUCCCCCGGAGGGCCACCAGAGCGUCACAUGGUGCUUGCACGAGGGAAUCAAGGCUGCCCCUCCCUCGCGCGCGCGCCCCAGAGCCGCUGCGAGCCCGAGUCCCAGGCGGCUUCCCCUCCCUGAGCCUCAGUUUUUGCAUCUGCCCCUUGGAAGCACUAGCACGGGGUGCCACCUCUCCGGAGUCCCCCUCUGCUGGCGAACGCCCGAGGCGUGGGUGUGAGCGGCCGGAUGACCCCGCGGCCUCCCCCCACCCCCAGGCUGGCUCGCCAUGGCCCUCUUCGCGACCCUCCUCCUAGCGCUGCUGGCGGGCGCUCGCGCAGAGCUCCCGGGCUGCAAGAUCCGCAUCACGUCCCAGGCGCUGGAGCUGGGGUGCAGGUCACGGAGCUGCGGCUGACGUCCUCCGAGCUCCACUUCCAGCCCGCGCGGGAGCUGCUGCUGCACAUCGCCAACGCCUCGCUGGGGCUGCGCUUCCGCAGGCAGCUGCUCUACUGGUUCCUCUAUGACGGGGGCUACAUCAACGCUUCUGCCGAGGGCCUGUCCAUCCGCACGGGGCUGGAGCUCUCCAGGGACGCCACUGGCCGGAUCCGCGUGUCCAAUGUCUCCUGCCAGGCCUCUGUCGCCAGGAUGCACGCGGCCUUUGGGGGCACCUUCAGGAAACUGUACGAAAUCCUCUCCUCAUUCAUCACCUCGGGAAUGCGCUUCCUCCUCAACCAACAGAUCUGCCCGGUGCUCUUCCAUGCCGGCACGGUGCUGCUCAACUCGCUCCUGGAAACGGUGCCUGUGCGCAGUCCCGUGGACCGGCACGUGGGCAUCGACUACUCCCUCCUGAAGGACCCGGUGGUCUCUGCCAGCAACCUGGACAUGGAUUUCCGGGGCUCCUUCUUCCCCCUGGCGGAGGAGGCCUGGAGCCUGCGCAACCAGGCCGUGGAGCCGCAGCUGCAGGAGGAGGAGCGCAUGGUGUACGUGGCCUUCUCCGAGCACUUCUUCGACUCGGCCUUGGAGAGCUACUUCCGGGCGGGGGCCCUGAAGCUGUCGCUGGUGGGGGACAAGGUGCCCCACGACCUGGACAUGCUGCUGAGGGCGUCCUACAUCGGGAGCAUCGUCCUGCUGACCCCUGCAGUGAUCAACUCCCCGCUGAAGCUGGAGCUGCGGGUCACGGAGCCCCCGCGCUGCACCAUCAAGCCCACGGGCACCACCGUCGCGGUCACGGCCACCGUCACCAUCGCCCUGGUCCCGUCCAACCAGACCGAGGUCCAGCUGUCCAGCAUGAUCAUGGACGCGCGGCUCAGCGCCAAGAUGGCCUUGCGCGGGAAGGCCCUGCGCGCGCAGCUGGACCUCCGCAGGUUCCGAAUCUACUCGAACCAGUCUACACUGGAGUCGCUGGCCCUGAUCCCGCUGCAGGCACCGCUGAAGACCUUGCUGCAGAUCGGGGUGAUGCCCAUGCUGAAUGAGCGGACGUGGCGUGGCGUGCAGAUCCCCCUCCCCGAGGGCAUCAACUUUGUCCGCGAGGUGGUGACGAACCACGCGGGCUAUCUGACCAUCGGGGCUGACCUCCACUUUGCCAAAGGGCUACGAGAGGUGAUCGAGAAGAACCGGCCCGCUGGCCCCAGGGACCCCAGGACCUCCAGUACCCUUCCACCAUCCGCGGCCGCUGCCUAAGCCCUCCCCGGCCCUGGGCAGCCGCGUCAGUCAGGACUGCACUUCCUCCCCAUCACCUCCCCACCCGGGGCCGCGAGAAGACAGAGGUUUAACCUGGACCCAAUUUAAUUCCAUAAUCAGUCUGGCCAGCCGGCCCCCCCAGUCCGGCCGUCUCCUUCCCUGGGGCUGUCCUGAGCUACUGUCCUCCUGGGACUCUUCAGUAUGUUCUAGAAGCAGCAGGAGGCGGGGGUGGGGGGCAGCCCCUGGGCCCCCCGAUCCAUCCCCGGCUGUCAGGAAUAAAGUGCGGGUUUCCCCGGA